AUGGCCGAAAAGAAGCAAGACGACUCUCUCUCUCCCACCCCCUCCGAUCUCAGGGUGGGCCAGGUCACUGAGGAUGCCGUCUGGGGUGAAGUAACGGGCGAGGGCCCCAACUAUCGCAAUGUCGGCUGGCUGGGAACUUCCGUGCUCAUGAUGAAGACGCAAAUCGGUCUCGGCGUGCUCUCCAUUCCCGUUGCCUUUGAUGCCCUCGGGAUCGUCCCCGGCGUCAUCUGUCUCAUUGUCAUUGGCGGCAUCACCACCUGGUCCGACUAUAUCAUCGGCAUCUUCAAGCUGCGCCAUCGGGACGUCUACGGCAUCGACGACGUGGGUGCGCUGCUGUUCGGCCGUACCGGCAGGAUUGUCCUCGGCGCUGCAUUCCUCCUUUGGUGGACGUUUGUCGCCGGCUCCGGCAUGCUGGGCAUCUCAAUCGCCCUCAACGCCGUCUCCUCCCAUGCCACCUGCACCGCCGUCUAUGUGGCCGUCGCCAUGAUCGUCACCUUCAUCCUGUCGAGCAUCCAGACCCUCGGCCGCAUCUCCUGGCUGGCCUGGAACCAUCUAACAACCCCAGUCAUGAUCGUGACCAUCGGCGUCGGCGUCCAAGACCGCCCCUCCGCCGCCCCGCAAGACGGCGUCUGGGUCUCCGACUACAAGAUCGUCGGCAGCCCCGACUUCAACAGCGCCAUCACCGCCCUCACCACCAUCGUCUUCGCCUACGCCGGCACCCCGGCCUUCUUCUCCAUCGCCGCCGAAAUGCGCGACCCCGCCCACUACGGCCGCGCCCUCGUGCUCUGCCAGUCCGUCGUCACCGCCUUCUACAUCGUCAUCGGCGUCGUCGUCUACUACUUCUGCGGGUCGUACGUCUCCUCGCCUGCCCUGGGCUCCGCCGGCCCGACCCUCAAAAUCGUCAGCUACGCCUUUGCCCUGCCCGGUUUGCUCGUGAGCACCCUGCUCUUCAUCCACAUCUCAGCCAAAUACAUCUUCGUCCGCAUCCUCCAGGGCUCCAGGCACCUCACCGCCAACACCCUCACGCACUGGGCCGUCUGGAUCGGCUGCACCUUCGGCAUCGCCCUCGUCGCCUACAUCAUCGCCAGCGCCAUCCCCGUCUUCAGCGACCUCGUCUCGCUCGUCGGCGCCCUCCUCGGCACCCCCAUGUGCUUCCAGCCCAUGGCCGGCAUGUGGCUGUACGACAACUGGAGCUCGGGCAAGGCGCGCAAGUCGCUGUGGUGGAUGGCCAUGGUGGCCUGGUGUGCGUUUGUCGUGCUUUCGGGGACGUUCCUCAUGAUUGGGGGGACGUAUGGCUCGAUUGUUACGAUUAUUGAUAGUUAUAAGAAGACGGGUGGGUCGGCGGCUUGGUCGUGUGCGGAUAAUUCUUAG